AUGGACGCAAAACAACCACUCUACACAGGACAAGCUCAAUUCGUACAGCAACCACCUUCCCAGCAAUAUCCUCCACAAGGUUAUUAUGUGGAUCCGAAUCAACAAGUGGUCACCUAUCAACAAACCACAACAGUGGCAGCAGCUCGUGAGCCCAAUGAAGAAGAUGCAAACACUGCCAUGAUUAUGUUUGUUAUUGGAUUUUUCUUUGGUCUUUUAUGGAUUGUGAAUUUUGCAAUGUAUCGUAACUCACCAAAUUAUAGAGCUCAACAAUUUGCCAAAUACAGUCUCUAUGCUUUCAUCAUUAGUUUGAUUUUUGCUGUUGUAUUGAUUGUGUUUUCCAUCGUUUUGCCAAUAAUUGUUACGGCUGCGGCUGUUUCAACCCAUUAA